CCAUCCCUGGGCCGCUUACUAACAUCACGGAGCCACCCCUAGUCUCCAGUUCGUAAAAUUUAACAAAAACACUUCACUGCAACUGAGUGACUGCAUGGCGCAUACAGAUCUAUCUCUAUGCUGCCGAGGGCGAGCUUUGCAGCUUCCUGCCUGUCUGUUUGGCUGCCAACUCAGCUACGAGAAAAAAAAAACUUCGUUGCUGCUGCUGCUAGACCAGCUUCGAAGGAGCUCAGCAAAAAGGGAUGAAUUCAGCUGUGCCGGAGGAAUAUUGUCCAAGCGUCGUCGUCGUCCGUCGUGUGCUUGUGUGUGCGAGAGAUUUUCCGGGUAUUCACAUCAACCAUAUGUGCCGCCCAACUGAUUUUGCUGCGUUCAUCGCCAGAGAAUGCCACGGGCUAGCUGCGAUGGUUACAUUCCUGUGAUGUGUGCAAUGCUUCUCGGUAUGGCAGCGUGCAGUAUUUAGUAGAUGUGCGGAAUUGCUGCUGUUUAAUGGGGGAAGGGGUGGGGGUUGGAAAAGCGAUGAAAAUAACUCGAGGAUGCUCCUGGCAGAUGCUGCUGUUGCUCGAUCUCUCAGAUAGCCCAAGCAUCAGUGAGUGACGUCACCGCGGACUGUAAACACGUACGUUCCUUGUGCUCGGAAAAUCCCUGUUGAAGCCUAGACAAAUGCAACGUUUCAACCAGUUGGACGCAGAUUUGGUCCAGCCGGGUGCACUUGUUGGGCUUUAUCGGAACGGGUUGUCGUGGAUUAGUGCCAAAAGUGUCGUAAAUUAUGUGGGACUUGUUAGUCGACCGUAGACGAUUGGGAGAAAGUUGUGCGGUAAAGUUCGAUUUUGCUUGCCUAUGUUCUGCAGAAAAACAAGACCAGAUGAAAAGUGUGUGAGGAGAAUUGGCACUCUAUUUUCCCGUUUUACCUCGCGUGUUCUCUUGCUCUCUGGCGGAUGCUCUGGCGGAAAAUCCGUCUCUCCUGCCUGGCUGGAUGCUUGGUUGUGUGAGUUCGCACGGUGUUCCAAAGCAGAAGCACAGAUGUGAUAGGCAGUCGGUGUAGUAAAAUAGCGAAAAACUCCUGGAUUGUUUGAAGUUUACAGCGUGUGCAUUCUCUGUGGCCGAGGAAGAAUUUCGGAAGCUGUGUCCUAAUCGCGCGUAUUUCUCCAUUGUUAUGUAAGUCAAGACUUCUAACGAGAAUCGGUUCACCGUGAAGACUAACGACCCCAGCCAGUGAAAGUGUUGUCAUCUGGUCGAGUGCUAAUUGGGCUAAUUGCCGAGUGUUUCAAUCUGUCAGAGUCAGUUAGUUUACAUAGGCUGUCGGUCGGUGGUGGGAGGCAGGAAUCCCUCUGGAGAGUGGCAUCAUCAUCGUCGUCAAUUUUGCUUCCGUCGUCGACCACCCAGCUGUAAUUGAAUUUGCUGCCGUGCGGAACGAGACUGUUUAUUUUCCACUUUUUGCUCCGGGGAGGUGGUGUUCAUCUGAGCUCUAAUCUCUCACCUAUCCACGCUUCGCGUUUCCUCUCGAAGCCACCCUUUUAGGAACUACUGCACUAUGCAAUGGGAUGUGCCCUGCAAUCAUCCAGCUAUCCAGCAGUUGGCGUGGAAGUGUGAAUAAUAAAUUAUUCAUAACCGAGUGAUCAGUGGAGUGAAAAAAAAAGUCAAACGGAGCCCAAAACUAUAAGGAUUAUUGAAAUUAUCAUCAUCUAAGCCAGCCGACCGACUGCCGAUGCUUUGACCAGUGUCAUCGCGGGAAGGUCAGAGAUACCUACACCACCUAUAAGGAUAAGGCUGCGUAGUAAAUAUAUACGCUCGCUCACCAUGACAAGGUUUGCAUCACGCUUCUUCGCUCGGAAACAUAGAAGCAUCCUCAUCCCAGUCGAACACAAAUCUAGCCGCCAGGAGCUACGAUUCUGAAGAUGAAAAUAUGGGCAGGAAAAAAGGACGCCCAUUCGACACGGGACCUGGCUCGAGAGCACCUGUCUACUCGAAGGGAGAUAUCCGCGAACAGUACUGCUUGACAGACAGACAGCUCAACUCGAUAGAGCAGCCGCGAAGGGAACGGUUUUUCGGCUGCUGGUCGGGACGGAAUGCACAUCAAUCCUUUCUGGGGGUGUGCGUGGGGCGGAGAGCACCAUCCGAUGAGAACCUGGCAGAUUACGCCCCAAUGCAGCGGUAUCCGAGGUACAUGAAUACGGGACCCAUAACAAAAUCCAUCCUGCAGCAGUACGACGAUGAACUGGACAAUCCCUACUUCCGGCGAAAACCGACAUCGUUUCUGGCUGGGAGCGGUGGAGCAGCUGGGGCCGGAGGUGGCGGUGCGAUGGUCACUGGAAGCAGUGCCACACUGCCGGCGGGUGAUAUGAGACGCUGCACCUGGAUGCCAAUGGACGACGACGCCGUCCGGAUAGAGGGACCAAGACUCUCGCUCGCUAUUCCCACUGUCUCCGUUUUACCCUUUCUCUCACCGCAACCUGCACCAAAUAGCUACCAUCGACAGCAGCAGCAGCAGCAGCAACAACAGAGCCCGCCGUAUCAUCGACGGUUGCACUGUUCGACAUCGGCCAUCGAUUUGGAUCGACCGAGUCCGUCCGGCAGUAUGCCUAGUUCGCCGUUUGUCCUGGACGCAUCCUGUCUACCGGUGCCACCACCACCGGCCUUUUCUUCUCCGCCGGAGCCGACUGCCAAUUUGAGCCACAGCACCGAACAUUUAACAGGACUGUACCGAUGUCCAGCGCAUACGGAUCUUCCACCGGCGCCACCGCCACCACCACCCCCAAAUGUUGGCCUUAUCGAUGGCGUUGCAGGUGGACCACCAAGGACCAAGCACGUCAGUUUCGCCCGCUCGUACACCCUGACGUCCUUCGACGAGGCCAUGGGUGGUCGACCGCUGUCCCGUCUAGCCGCAGCUAGAAGCCAAGAAAGACUGAUAGGUGGUAAAAAACCUACCAUCACACUAGCCCAGCACCAACCAACGGCCGCCCAGUACGGUACGCCGCUGCACUCGAUCCUCCAACAGCCCAACCAGCAGCCUCUCCUAGCCCAGCAACUGCAACAACAGCACCAACAACUGCAGGUCGGUCAGCCGCAGCCACCACCGUCUGUCCAUCAGCACAUUCACGCUCACCAGCACCUGCAGCAUCUCCAGGCCCACCCCGGACAACUCAUUAGUCAACACCCGCACCAGCAUCAGCAUCACAUAGCACUAAUUCAACAGCAGCAGCAGCAGCAACACCAUCACCAGCAACCUCCCCCUGGAAGUGGUGGCUUGCUGACAACGAGCUCAGUACCACCAACCAUCCAACAACAACAACAGCAUCAGUUGCAGCAGCAGCAGCAGCAACAACAACAGGAGGUCGUAGUGGUGGAGAAAAUCAAACGAAGUGCCAUGAAAACGCAAGCAACGCAAACCGAGGUGUAUCUGAACAAGAAAGCUGCCGCGCCACACCAUCUGUCGUUGAGUCCGAGGACGAUCCAUAGGGUAAAAAUGGUAUCGCAAGGGGCGCAGACCAACGGUGGGCUGAACGGCCGGAAGCUGACGAAAAGCCUUUCGGAAGCAGCCGAUCGGAUACAGGAGAACGGUAUCGAUGUCGGCGGCAUCGAGUCGGAGGAACUGAAAACUCCCACCGAGCAUGAGCUGCUUCAUCGAACACAGUCUGAAGAACCGCCCAAAUCACCCUUCACUAUCACUUCACCGCCAUCCAAAUCACCGCUCAUGCAACAUUUCGAAAUGCCUUCGCGGACUUCGUCCCAGAUGAGCCACUCGGAAACGUCCCGAAGCGACAAUUAUCCGUUGGACAAGAUCAUGACCCAUUCGCGGAAUCACUCGCAGGAUAGUGCCACCUCGUACCGAUCAACAGACGGAUCUCGAGCGUCGUACGAGACUAGUUCCUACCCAUAUGAAAUGUAUGACAGUAUUGUUAUUCCAAGGCGAGGAAGCCACACCUUAUCGAAUGAACCAUUUCAAAUUCUACGGAGAGACAUCGAACAAGUCCACCACCAUGGUCAUGAAAAUGGUUACGUAUUCGAAACCCACAGCCUUCCGAGGAGAACUUGCAUCCAUCAUAAACCGGAAGAGUUCCACACUCACACGUUGCCACGACGACUCGACUAUCAUCCACAUCAUCAUCAUGAGAUCAUCUUCAAAGAUCAGCUCAAAAUGCCUCCUCAAGAGUUGCUCAUCUCGAACGGUAGUGUUAAUCAAGAUAUUCGUUCUUUCGACAGCAAUAGUCUCAAUAGACGAAUGUCCGCGCACCACGUAGCGAUGCAGCAAGAUAAGCAAAACCAACAACGGCGAGCUUCCUACGCUUAUGUCACGCCGGAAACCCACACCCUAACCCGUCGAAACUCCAUCACUCACCAGCAGGUGCAAAAAGUGCAACCCAUGAUUCAAACCCAGGUACAACAGCAGCAACCUCAAAUACAGAAGCAACCUCAACAACCACCCCCACAACAACAUCAACCACAGCAACAGCCUCAGCAACAACAGUUCCAACCACUAGUCAAACCCCAACCUCCCAUCUUCUCGCAACCGUCGCAUCCUCCACCAUCCUGCCCCAUCACCCCUCCCAACAUCCAACCUCUGGAUAUGCAGGACGACACCAAGUCCUCGUCUGACGAAAGUUGUUCCACAUGCGAAUCCGAAAGCGAAAAAGACGACAAAGAAGAGCAGGAAAUUUUCAUCGAUUUCAAACCUCGCAUCUCACCUGUCCCCUCGCCUAGUGCCGUCAAGAAAAAGAAGCUGCAGAAAACCCUCUCCGAGGGGGAAAUCCUCCUAGAUCGAAAAAAGACCAAACCAUCCGACCAAGCCCCGACCAGCGCCAUUUCGGCCAGCGAAGAAGAUCUCAAAUCCCCCGUCGUCGAUCCGCACAAGGAUGCAAAUCUGCAAUUCAGUGAAACGCCCAUCAAAGACGAAGGCAUAUUCAUCGGCGGUCCUGGCCCGGGCGAUGCCGACCGGCGGAAGGAAUCCUUUCGAAAGCGGUCCGUUAGCUUGGAUGAUCCCACCAGUAUGGAGGAGGAAAAGGGUCUCCUGGAAGAGCUGGAGGCGGACUCGAAGGACGAUAGGACGGCAACGGCACCUCCUUCGCCAUCGCGCGACGAGAGACUUUCGAUCAAAUCGCAUUCGCCGUUCCACUCGUCGGAAUCGCUCGCCACCCGGGACAACUCGGACGGCAUUUGGAACGAAUCGCAGGCAACCAUCAUGACACCGAGUUUGACUGAGAAUGGGAAGCUGACGCCUACAUCGAAGCGGAAAAAUCUAUUGUUACAGCACCAGCAGCGCAGUUCGAUGGACACGGACGCACUCGAUAUGGAGGAUAUUGCUGAUCAGCCUCUCCCGCCACUACCGGUGACAGUUACGGCCACACCGCAGAGCACCGUGUCCCCCACAAGCAUCCAGUCUCUAGCUCCCCAACUCUCAGUACAUCCGUCGACCGCAACCACAGCCAACGGUACAAUCCCAUCGCCCUCAACGGCUGUGGCGGUGACAACCGGUAUCGUGAAGCCGACGCCUUCCAUCGCCGUGAUUCCUUCGCUCAGCAUCGAACGAGAGGAGCGAGACUUGCUGCUGCAGCAGCAGCAGAAGCAGAUGCACAAAAGUGCCACCCUUCGGCGUCCGUCGAGACCGCUGUCUCCUUCGAAACGACGCGGCAGCGAGCAACACCAGAAGCAGCUUUCCAAGAUCGAACCACUUAUUCAUCGCUCACCAGACAACAACGAACGCAUCGUGCCAUCAAACCUGAAGGACCAAUCGCCCAUAAGCGCACCGGCAACACCGCAUCAAACCCAUCCGCCCGAGUUUUUCAAGCAAUCUACCGUCACUUCAACGGUUCCCCCCUCGUCGUCCUCCUCAUCACGGAUGCCUCCUGCCACGGCCGUUGCUCCAUCGCCUCGCUUCGAACACGCCAAACUCAAAGGAUUAGAUGACAAGGACCUACUCGGAGAUGGCGGUGCCGGUUCGGAAGGAAGCACCACCGAAGACUACAACACCUGCACCGACAACUCGAAACGCACCGUCACCGCCACGUCGUCGGCCGUCGGCGGCGGAUCCAAAGGUAUAUUUAAACCCACCCACACGAUUAGACAACCAACAAGCAAACAAGUGACAGCAAACGCAACUCAGGAUGGUUCCUCUUUCGAGAGCGCAUCGUCCCUCUACAGCCUGGCGCGAGUCGAUGCCAUCUGCGAAGAUACACCCCCAAUCGAGGAACGACCGGUGGCUCCACAAAUUCCCCCGCUUCCCAAGCCCUCACCUGCUCACUCGGUUAGCAGCAGCUCCAGCGGAAGCUUCAACAUGGCAAACAAGAAGCGAACCAGUUCUCCAUCACGGCAAACCAUUUCGAAAGUACUGCCAUCCAAAGCGAAAAUCAAACCGGAGUCUAUCUCCGAUGAUGAACGAAGCGAGAAACGGUACUCUUCCUCUCACGACGAGAAGGAUACCAAGGGAACUCUCGCAAGACCUGCCCGCAGAGGUCGCGAUUGGAACGAAGAGGAGCGUCGCAGGAAAAAGAGUUUGUUCAAGUUGGAGUUCGACAAAGAUUCCUUGAAGACGUACACAACUCCGAUGAGACAACCCAGUCCCGGUUUUAAGAAACUGUCUCCGGAGGAUAAAGGGGCGCUGAACGUGCUGGAUGGGGCCAGUCCCAGUAGCAAACAGAAACGUUUCCGGCCUAAGACUAGGAAGUUGCCACGGUCUAGAACGGCCGCCGGUGGUGAAGAGCCCGUCAGUACACCUAUGCGAAGAGUAAAAACCCCGCUGAUUCGUAGUCCGGAGAAACCACAAGCUUCCACUUUACCGGUUCAUGCAAUGACCGCACCCAAACUUAGUCCCUCUCAGUACUAUUCCCAAAUACGUAGUCCACCGUCCGGUAGUUCACCCUUGAAGCAAAAGAUUUCCCCGGAGAAACGGUUGAAAGCAAUAUCUACUGAGUCGUUGCGUUCGGUUUCACCCGGAUCGGAUUCCGUAUUCUACAGUGAGGCUGAUGGCCUGUCUCAGUCGGAUAAGCAAGUUCACUGUCACCACUGUGGUAAAGACGUGGAGGUUGUCAGUGUGCCCGGUGAGUCGGAAGGGUCAAUGACGGCCCUAACGCUAGACUCGACGGAUGGUGAUCGACCGGAUAUCGUGCAGCCACCCGAAGGCUUCGCUGACUCGCCGGACUGCACAAAAACUCCACAUCACACACGGCUGUACAAGAAGAUGGACAAGCGAUUUCGCUCCGAAGAUCGACACGCCGAUCGUAGGCACUUUAAAUCGCGGCAGGAGUAUCGAGCGAAGAGUGAGGAACGUGGGAAAGAUGACAGCGAGCAGGGUACUUUACGACCCGCAGGAUCUUCACCUUGUGUCGCGCCUGUAGCUCCGUACAGCGAGCAUCAGGUAGAACCAGAGCAGGGUGUUUAUCAUGGUAACUAUAAGGCCGGGCUGUGGAUUUGCAUAGCUGAUCGGGAUGUUUGGAGGCGGCAUGAUCUCCUAGGCGAGGGCAGUUUCGAUCGACCUCCUCGCGAUCUUGCCGAACGAAGAGGAUCAACGGAAUCUGAGAAGGACUUCCGUAAAAAGUAUCAAGCGAUUACCCAUAGACUGGUUCACCGGAAGUCAUGCGUGGAGAUGUACCGACGGCAGAAUACAAAUAGCUUUGAAACAGACAAAACGGUUGUGGUGUGCAGGAAAUCCGGGGAGUUUGGAUUUCGCAUACACGGAUCGAAGCCGGUAGUGGUAUCUGCCAUCGAGCCAGACACUCCAGCGGAAACUUCGGGUCUCGAGGUGGGUGACAUCGUUCUGUCCGUGAAUGGGAUUUCAGUGAUCGACAAGAGCCACUCAGAGGUGGUUAAAAUCGCUCACGCCGGUAGCGAUACAUUGGAACUGGAGGUGGCACGAACGAUCGGUGUGUUAUCGCCACUGGAGGACACCACGGUGAAUCCAGCGAUCUAUUCCGGUUUCUUGUGGCGUCUUUCCAGUAGCUCCACUACAAAGUGGGUUCGACGGUGGUUCUCAUUGCGUCCUGACCACUGUCUGUACUACUACAAAUCAGAACUGGAUAUUCAACCCAUCGGUGCCAUCAUCCUCACCAACCACAAAGUGGAACGACUAGGACUGGAAGCGGGUGGACGACCGUUUGCUUUUGCCAUCGAAACGGAAGAAGGCACUAAGGUAAAACUAGCUGGAGAUACGGACGAAGCUGCCAGUCGAUGGAUGGCCAUAAUCAGCCAUGCGGCCCAGCAGAAUGAUCUUUGGUUGGACACUAGUGCUCGAAACCUGAGACUUCCACCCAACGGAAUACCAAAGCCGGAUUGUGUGGGUACUUUGACCAAACUAGGCAGCAAGUGGCGUUCGUGGACCAAACGAUAUUGUGUGCUGAAGGAUGCUGUCAUCUAUUUCUACCAUGACAGCACGAGCAAGAAUGCAUUCGGAAUGGCUUGUUUGCAAGGAUACCGAGUUCAACCAUCGUCAGCCGGUGGAAAGAAGUACGCCUUUGAGAUUGUUCCUCCAGAGUUGACGCUGCGUCACUACUACUUCCAUACCGACACCGAAAUGGACAAGAAACGCUGGGUCGCCGCCCUGGAAUACUCGAUAGACCGGUGGAUGAAGGCCGGCUGAAAUACACUGAAAAGAUACGAGCAACUCGUAUAGUAUACAUUUGGGCGCACGUCCAUUCGCCAUUCUAUGUUUCCGUUUUCUUUCGCCCCAACAACAAAGCUGUUCGUCCGUUCGAUUUGAGGGAUUCCGUCGAAUCGGUCGAAACAAACCAGUCUCGGUCGCGCGCAACGAAAAAUCUCCAUCAUCCUUAGCCAUGGGCGUCCCAAGAGGCGCGACGCGUGAAGACGAUCGUGAUUGACGUAAAAUUUCGUGAUUCGCCAGAAUCGCGGGAGCACAGAGCCAAAGUACGAGUAAUUCCAAAUUUAGUCAGCAACAAUUCGAGAAGCGUUUUUUGUAUUGAAAACUGAACUAGAAACCGGUAGGUCCAGCGUAGCUUGUAUCUUAUCCAAAACGUUGAUGUUAUUUGUGUAAAUCGAUGGUGAAUAUGGUAAGCAGUCAAAGUGAUCAUUGCUCAAAAAAGGUUGAUUUUCUAUACGAUUGCACUUAGACAGCUGACGAUACACCAUGAACUUAAAUCAACGAACUGAAGCAAGAUUCGAUAAGUGUAAUAUUAGUAUUAUUGUCGAAAGCGGGGGGCUAGACUAAAGGAAAAUGUUUACGCACAUAUUAUCGCGAUAAAAUUGUUCAGGCUCAAUGUGCUAGUUGAAAGUGAUAGACGUAUCUCGACGGUCAAAUAGAACGUGGUUAAUAAUUAACUAUAUCAAUGUUGAAGAGUAUAUUCUAAAAAUAGGUGGGAAAGUCCAAACACAAAGCUAAGAAGAGGCAACUUUUGACUAAUUGUUGAGAAAAUUAUAAUAUGUAAAAAGAAGUUAUUGCAAAGCCAGAUAAAGCUUUAGAAUAGCAUUUGAAAUUUCCAAAGUGGUGGUCUAUUCAGACUGCGAUAUAAAAUGGAUAGCAGUAAAGCUUUCGUGAAAGUUUGUUUUGAGAAAGCAAUCGCAUUCGAGACGAAUCAUGACAAAGAAUCGAUGUUUAGAGCUUUAAUGUAUCAUUCCACUUCAUAGGUAUAUAACGACUACGGUAAGUAGAUAAUCCAUAUCAAUUUAAUUUAUUUUUAAUACAUAUUAUUAAAUCAGAGCUGAAUUUUCUCGAAUAAAAAUCCUCUGAUAACUAAACAAAUGUUAAAAUAAACGUAUCAAGCAAAGCGCUUCAGAAAUAUUUCAUGCAAAUUUCAACGUUGUUACAAGAGACAUAAAAUCAUUUCAGACUGAAAAUAUACGGGUCUACUCAAAACAUAAUUUUGAAGCACAAACGAAAUCAAGCAUAAAAUUACCAUCAUGUUUGUCAUUUGCUACCGCCGUCAUGACUAACUGUUGACAUCGCAUCGACUUUUUUCAGAAGCGUUUUGUUGGAUGCAAUUAAAAUAUAAAGUAAAAUGAAACAAUAAGUGCUUUGGUCGUUGUGACAGGAAUAUUUUGUAGAUAUCGUCAAUAAAUUCAAUGAAUCUUCUUCUCGUUCAUUCUGCUCAUGGAUGAGCUUAACUCGUGAAACUUCCACAUAAAUAUUUCAAAUCAUCACCCAUAUUCUCUCCGGAGUUUCUAUUGGAGAUCCAUCUCUAGCAGUACAGCGACAAUAACUGUAGGGUUUCCCAAGCACCUUCCAUGACAUCUAUCUCCUCCAGACCAAAUUCACACCUGUUACUGUCACCUUUCGCCUAUCCAAGGUUGGACAAGGUUUCCUAAUAUAUGUGGAAAAUAUCCUCACAACAUCCAACUGAAAGCGAACAUUUAUGAACAUUGUCCAAUGUCCGCAAGAGCAGGAGUAAAACACAACACCAUCCCGAAAGCCAUAAACCAGCGGUGUGAAAACGAAUGACCUUAAACGAAAAGAUAAAAAACUGAGUAAAAAUAAAUCGAGUAGUUAAAACGAGUUUAAAAAUGCAAUUUAUGAAUAUUUUUUUUGAAACGAAGAAAGUUGAAAAGCUACAUUUAGUUUAUGAAAUUCAGAUCACUAUAAGGUAGUUCAAGUUUUAUAAGACGUAUAUAUAUCGCCAUGUGAGAAAAUAGAAGCUGAUCUAGUAAAAAAAUCUGGUGAUGCUAUUUGAGAAUACAAAUUUGAGUUAGGAUAGUAUUUACAAAUCUAAAAUUAUUGUACGGAUAAAUAUCGACGAGAUCUAGCAAACAGUUCAAAGUUUUAUUUGGAUGAUAGUUUAUCAAAAAAAGAAAAAAAAAAGAAAUAGAAGUUUAAAGUCGUAUUUCACAAAACACCCUCAACGCAUGAAUCUAGAUGGCACACAUUUAUCCAAAACCUAGGUAAGAAUAUCAAUUACUAUAAAAUAGACGUGCUGUAACGCAUCUCAACAGAAAACUGAAAUAAAACGACGCCCGAUAGACCACGAUUGGCCUAUCGAAGUCUCAAAAAACUGAGUAAAAAAAAGCUUUCCGAAGAAAAAUAAAAUGUGUGUUAGGGAACUCUAAACACUGCCAUUUGAAAAACAAGCGAUGUAGAGAGUACCGAAAUGUCCGCGCUACUGAUCACGAAAUUGACAGAAUGCCAACAGUAGUGUCACCACCAUGUUAGCAGCCACGAUUAUUCAUGAAGUUUUGAAAAAAGAUAACAAAAAAAUAUGCAGCAGAUACAUACCGAUGGUGCGAAAUAGACCAAAUCCUAGAACCAAUUGUGAGAUUACAUAUUGACGAUAGUAAGCGAAAUAAAGAAGAUAAUUGAUAAACAAUGCUUGGGUAGUUAAUGUUUGCCUUUCGUUAUAUCACAUAAUUGUUCUAUUAAUAUG